AUGCCGGUGCCGACGCCGCCCCCGCUCGCGUCACCAGCGCCCUGUCGCUGUCGCUGCCGCAGCAGUUCUCGCGGCCUCCGCCACCCCCGGGCGCUUUCCUGGCGCUGCCACCCCCCACACGCCGCCUCCGUCCACGGAGUGCCGCCCCCGCUGCCGCCCCUCGACGCAGCUCACUUUCCAGCAGGCUUCUCCGCCUUCCUGGCCCGCCGGAGGCGGAAGGAGGGCCGCCCCCGACGCCAGAGGACGACGUUCAGCUCGGAGCAGACCCUCCGGCUUGAGCUGGAGUACGCGCGCUCCGAGUACGUCUCCAGGGGCCGCCGCUUCGAGCUGGCCGAGGCGCUCGCGCUGUCCGAGACGCAGGUCAAGAUCUGGUUCCAGAACCGGCGCGCCAAGGACAAGCGCAUCGAGAAGGCGCAGUUCGACCAGCACUACAGGAUGGCGCUGGCCACGACGCUGGCGCAGCUGCCGCCCCCGCUACCGGCCGCGCCGCCCCCGCCGCCAACGGCCUGCUACGCCCCCGCGGCGCCGUCGGCUUCGUCGGCGACUGCGGCGCCCACCGCGGGGCUGUGCGGCCUGUGCUGCCUCCUGCCGGCGGGCGCCGCAAGCUCCGCUGGGGCGCCCUCCCACAUCUCGGAGGCCGAGCCCGGCGGCCGCAAGGAGGACCUGUCCUAGCACAGCCAUGGACAUUUGACUGGCAUUGGACAUGACGGGUACGGCGCCAGUUAAUCUGUGAUGUUCGGCAGUGACGGAGGGCUGGACACCAAGGAUGAGACAGUGGACUUGCAUGGAGAGAGCACUGAGGCGCACACGCACACCCAAGGACGUCUAUAAGGCCAGCCGGAUGAAGGUCGCUGCAGCAACGAAAGCUUGUGUCACUCAGUGGUUGUACAAUCCUCUUACAGCAUGUUAUUACUCAGCAAAGUGUUCGUGUGAUCUUUGCUAGGGUCUCUGCUGUGUCUCUGGCUACUGACAUGCCAGUGGGUUGGUCUCCAUCCUUAGGUAUCCAUAGUGAGACUUUCUGACCAACUGAAAUUGUGUACCACGUUUAAACUGUAACCCAUACCUAUACUUUUCGUCACUAUCGGUCUUAACAACUGAUUUAUCUAAUUACACAUACUGGACUGACAAAAAAAUUUGAAUAUGUCAACACCUCUUUUGCAUAUGGUUUGUAAUAUUGGGGCAUUGUCCAUAACUGUGAAAUCUACAGCAGCAUAAUGCUCAGAACAUAUAACCAGAGGCAAUGUACAGAUAUACACAUGGACUUUUCCAUCACAGUUGGCGUAGAUGAGUACCCAGGUUCAUCUAAAGCUUUGUGUGGAGCACGAUUUAUAUUAACACACUAGUUGCUUACCGGUAAAACUCAUGUCAUUUCUCAGGUCACACAAAUUUCAAAGCACAUCUUCUUACAAUUAUACGAAGCAGAAAAUACAGGCAGUAUCAACCCAAUUAUUACUAUUUAGCAACCAGUACUGUGGACUGGUUCUUACUUAAAACGGCUGAGCAGCAGUAUAAAUAAUAAUAGUGAUAUUUAAUUGCCAUAUUGCAUUUCCAUACUGGCAUGCGUGCUGAAGGCGAAAGUUAAAAUAUAUAAAACGAAUGAUGGCCAACGUAAAACUCCUUAAGUGCUACAAGAGUGUACGUUUGAUGUUCUGUCCUAUCAAUAAUAACUACAAUUAAGUUUUGAAGUGAAAAAUCUCCGAAAUGUGAGACUUACAUGCAUCGACAAUAAACUUUCUCAGAUGGCAUUUGCCUAGCCGUGUUUGGAGUAAGAAGACGAAUACGUUGGCCAUGUCUCCCCCUUACCCCACCCCUCUCUCUCUAGCAUACCCUCAACAAUUUUUUGUCAACUUCCUUUUCUUUUCGUCAACCACUUGAGGCGACGCUGUUUGCUUCAACAAAAUGUCGCCUGAUUUUCUGCCCAUUCUGGUCUAUUACUCGGCCUCUGAUUAUUUCGAUACUGACGCUACGCUACAGCCAGCUUCGUUCUCUCAUUGUUUCCUACGCAUGCAAUGGCAGUUUUUAUUCUCGUAUUCCAAUCGCGUAUUUUGGUUUCAUUUCCAUCGCACACGGCUGAAACGUAUUUCCCAUCGUCCUCCACUGAAAUUUCCUGUUACCUCGCAUCUGUUUUGAUAAUUCUCCUGUGUACAUUGAGACGGGUUGCUAUGGUCCUGGAAAUUAAUAGGCCGGAAAAAGGAAUGCCGCUAUAAGUCACACAUUCAUCUGGGAAUUUUUUCCGUUCAAACUGGUGAAUUAUCAACUUAUCAUAGUACAUGCACUGAAGUAUAUUCUGGGUUUUGCAACGCACAUAACAUGGCUGUGGAUGUUUUUUGAUGGCUACUCCUUCUUGUAAGUGAGUGCAAUCAGAUGUUUCUUCAACUUCCGAUACCAAUAUUUUCGCCUAGCGGUUGAUGAUUCCUUCUUCAGUGAAAGUACAGCGAUUGGCAAAACAGUGAUUUGAUCGCACCUUACAAAUUCGCCAUACGAGUCCGCAAUGGUCAGGAUUUCUGGACGAUUUCACGGUUGGUACUUCCGAUCUCAAAUUCAUUCACAUAAUCUGGGUUCGAACCUGGAACCUUGGUAAAGGCAGGUCUGCAUCCACUACUGUGAUCCCGACAUCAUCAUCCAUGCUGUUGUCUGAACUGUUAAACCAAACGUCCCCAACGAGGUAUGCUCAAGUUUCUGAUCUCCAAAUUUGCAGUUCUGGAAGAGAAUCGUGAGGCAGACACUGUACGAGUUGUUGAUGAAGCUUCCUGAACAGUGAGUGUAUCUGAUGUAGUUGCAGUCCGUGUUCAUAGGAAUCAACUACUCGUAGUUUGCAAAGCACAUCAAAUAGCACAGAGUGUAGAGUAUAGAUAUAUAGGUGUAGAGUGCACUUUUGUUAAACCCUGUAUUCUAGUCCACGUUCAAGAAACCUCCGAGUGACAUUCCGUCCACUUCGAUUUACGCGUUGUUCACAGUAUUAUGGAGGUACACGACAUUGAAAAUUAUUGUAUUCCUUUGGAAAAGUAUUGUAUUCCUUUGCCACUGAUGUAUAAGAUGGUGCAACAGAGCUGUUCUAGUGGAAUAAAACUGUGUGUGUGUUUUUUUAA